CCCCUCCCCUUUUAACAACAGAGAUAGCUCCGCCAAACAAACUAUACAGUGAAAGGCCAGAGAGAGAGUUGAAUUAGCAGGACGAGGAAGAAGACGACGACGAUGACAGAGUAAGAUUUGAACAACCCCGAUUUUCCCCCUUUCGGAUCAUUUGCAUUCAGACAUCGCAAAUUUAGGGGGAGUUUGUCUGAGAGACAGAUUGAUAACUUUCUUCUCCCCCAUUGUUGAAAUAAUUCUUCCGCCGUCACUUGAGUUUUGAAAAGGAGUUACUGAACAUAGCGGCAGUUUGAUGAACCCAAGCAGGAUAUUAAGAUUCGGGUUUGAUCAGUAUCAUCACAGGCUGAGGAAAGCACAGAAAACCAAUCAAUGCGUUCGAAGGCUCAUACCAGAGUGGAAUCUGGAACCUGUAACGUGUGCUCCACUCCUUGUUCAUCUUGUAUGCAUCGGAAGCUAGCCUGUAUGGGAUCCAAGGGUGAUGAAUAUUCUGACGAAACUUGCCAUGUAGCUGAAAUAAGCCAGAAUUCCGUUAACAGGGAGGAUUCCCUGUUCCUUAAAGGUCGAAAAUCCAGCAUGUUGCAGCAUGCCACCAGUGAGGCAAGUUAUGUGCCUACUGUUGAUUCCUGUGGAGAUUCAUUCUCUGAGAGUGUGGAAAAUAAAGCUAAUGUAAGGGCCUCAGUUAAGCCUGAGGCUUGCCCAAGUUUGAAGCGUGUUGGAACUGUUUCCAAGGGUUGUCUUUCUCCUAAGCCAGAGUUUGUUGCAUAUAAGCGAAAUGGGUCAAGUAAGCCUGUUGAUUCUAAAGCUGUAGAAGGCCAUGGUGACAACAUAUCUUGUGUGACAGAAGCUGAUGUGAGCAGUCUCCAAGAUGGUGGCAGGAAGGUUCCCUUCCAGAAUAACACUCUUUUGCCCAAUGGAAAUGUUGGAAACUUGAAUGGGGAUCUGAUUGGGAGAGUUGAUGGACAAGCUUCUGCACUCUUUAUGGAACGUACAAGUCUAUGCUUGCCUAAGGAGGCUGCACCUGAUAUUCUUGGCGGUGGUAACACAACUGUGAGCGAUGGUGCAGCUAACAAUCCACAAAGUAGGAUUGUAACUCAGGGGGACGCUUCAGAGGUUUCAAGUAAACUAGGUCAAGAGUUCAAAGAAGAAACUGAUAAUGAUGGUGGACGCCAACCAAUAGGUGUAAAUUCUUCUACCACGGUUGGGCAAGACCAGAAGGUGGAUGACUCAGUUGAAUUACCGAAUGUUCAAGAGUCACCCGUGGAAUCCAAUGAGAGCGAGGACUCAGAAAUUGGAGAACUAGAUGUAAGAGAUGUAAAAGUAUGCGAUAUUUGUGGGGAUGCAGGUCAGGAGGAAAAACUUGCAAUUUGUAGCAGGUGCAGUGACGGUGCGGAACACACCUAUUGCAUGAAGGAAAUGCUCCUAGAAGUUCCUGAUGGCGAUUGGCUAUGUGAAGAGUGCAACCUAGCUGUAGAACUCGAAAAACAAAAGCAAGAUUCAGAGGAAAAGAAUGUAGAUAAAGGAACUUCACAAAGCUUUAAGAAAAGGCCUUCUGAGACUGCUGAGAUGACCUCAAGUUCAAAAAGGCAGGCUAUUGACAUGGGUUCAGGAUCACCCAAGCCAUCCAGCCCUAAGAGAGUGGCUACACUGCAUUAUAACAGUUCUUCCAGGAGUUUGGACAAGGAGAAAGUAAAGCCAAGCAAUCACUCUAUUAAUGAUCCUGAAAGCAGUGCCUUACUUAAGUCCAAUUCCUUCAGCACUAAUAGUUCCAAGCCAAAAGUGAAGCUUGUUGAUGAAGUACAACAAAAGCACAAGAUGUGCAGAGAGAGUUCCUUGCUGGAUAGUAAGGAUGGUCCAGGCCGAAUGAUGAGCAAAUCUAUGUCAUUCAAACAUACAGGCUCUGGCCGUACUGAGUCCAAAGUGAAAAUGCUCUCAUCAAAAAUUGCACAUGGUCCGGAUGUUAAAGGGGUAAGACAAGCACGAGAACAUAAUGCAUUUGAAAGAAGAAAUUUGCCGAAGUUGGAUCGCCCAUCCCGUGGUAUGGUGGCAUCAAGUUCGAAAGUCACUACACCAAAGCUUGAGCAGAAGCUUACUCCUCGUAGUGACAGUGUUCCAUUAUCAUCAGCGGUCAACAACAGAGAGUUGAAGGGUGCUGCAACUGAUGGAAAAUUCAGUAGCUUACCUAGAUCAAGUGCUGGCGUUGCCCGGAAAGAUGGGGAUGCGCCUGUUACAUCUGUUCGAGCCUCUUCUAUUCAUGGAAUUUCCAUUGAAAGGAAAUUAAAUCAAGUUAGCCCUAAGGAUGAACCCUCACCAAGUACUUCUUUGACUGCAGAUAAAUCAUUGAAUGCUGUUGAUGAUAACUCACACGAUGGCCUGCUGUGCUCACGGGAGUCAUCAAGCCAGAGUGAGAAAACUAGAGACAGCUCCGGUCGUAUGAGGCCUGCUGGUGCAACACCAAAAGAAACAGGUACUUGUCAAAAGUGCAAGGAAGCUGGUCAUUCUGUGGAAAAUUGUACAUCCAGUAGUCCUCGUGCUCCUAUUAGUGAUACACCAGCUACAAAAAGUGUUGGUGAUGAGACUAAUAGAGACAGUAAAUUAAAAGCUGCAAUUGAGGCUGCCAUGCGUAAAAGGCCUGGGAUAUAUAGAAAGAAGCAUGGAAGUGAUCAAUCUGACGGGUUGUCCUCAUCAAAUGCGGAUAUGAACUGUCAUUUGAGUCCUCAGGCUAAGUUUUCAGGGUCAAAUAAGACAAAAUUAGCCACCUUCAACGAACGAUCACACGAAGAGAAACCCACUCUUGGGCCUUUGUCCAAGGACUCCACAAAGCAAGCUAAUUAUGGAAGUGCUAAGAUAUCUAAUACACACUCUGCUACUGCUGCUUUUCCUUUGAGAGCGGACUCAGAUUUGACCAACUCUUACACUUGGAGAUCUGGUCUUAUUUCUUCUGCUAGCGCACUUGAGAAGUUGUCUCCAAUCCCAGAGCAUGACUUUAUUUGGCAGGGUACCUUUGAGGUGCACAGGGGCGGGAAAAUCACAAAUAUUCACGGAGGCAUUCAAGCGCAUUUGUCAACCUAUGCAUCGCCCAAAGUACUUGAAGUGGUGAACAAGUUUCCUCUCAAUAUUAGCCUGGACGAAGUAUCCCGGUCAAGCACGUGGCCUAGUCAGUUCCAUGAAAAUGGUGCAACUGAAAAUAACAUUGCUCUGUACUUUUUUGCUAAGGACCUCGAAAGUUACAAGAAGCACUACAAGGGAUUAUUGGACAAUGCUAUGAAAAGAGAUUUGGCCUUCAAAGGAUACUUUGAUGAUGUUGAACUCUUGAUAUUCCCAUCCACUCAGUUACCUGAGGAUUCUCAACGUUGGAACAUGAUGUUUUUCCUGUGGGGCGUGUUCAAGGGAAGGCGGUCAAGUUCUUAUGAUUGCUUAAGAAAGCCAGUUAUCCCCAGUUUGAAUUUGGUAGUUCAAGAUGAAGAAAUGCCCGCGUCUAAUGCGUUAUCUGUCGCGAGGUGUUUGCCUGAAUACAUAGAUAAUGAGACUUCUGCAUUUGAUGAUUGCUGCAAUAUGGAUGUUUCAUCAAGUGAUUUGGAGAAGAAUACAUGCUUAUCGGAAAAUGGGGUCAUAAAUGAAAGAAAGGUUGACUUUGCUGUUAAGUCAGAGCAGCCGGAUUGUAGACUUGAUUUAAAUGGAACGACAUGCAGUACGACCUCAAAUCUAGAAUCUACCAGCGCUAGUGCUACCCUGGUAGAUAUUGGUGAUCCAGAGUGCAGAGUGGAUACAGAUGAGGGAAAACCAUCUGCUGUGGUUGCUGAGUCCACGAGUUGUUACAAGCAGGAGGCACAUAAGCAUACAGACUCUUCAGAUGUCCAAGAUGACGUGUCUGCACUCAAGAAUGUUCUGGUUGAAAAUCAAAAUUUAGGAGUGAGAGGCAGCAUUGUUCAAGAGCCAGCAGUUAGCAGAACAGACAGUGUCAAUAGGGGUGGAUUUACUGUUAUCAGAGACUUGAACGAAGACAUUACGGACAUGGACAUAGAAACUUCGGAAGGAGAUUUCUUGUCUAAUAUUAGAAAAAGGCCGCUCUUGGAUCUUUCUGAGAUGCCGCCUCCCGAAAGUCCUGAUAGCACAGUUGGUCAAGACAUGCCUUGGAAUGUGGUUCACACUGGGUUGGCUGACCGAGCUAAGAAGCCAAAAUUAAGUGAUGAAGGACCUAAUGGGUAUGACAGUUCAAGAGACUGCAAUUCUAAGAGAGAUGUUAAUACGUCGAAAGCAGCUGCUGAAAGGUACUUCUUUCCUGUGGAUUCACACACCAUUCUCUGGAAGGGAGGGUCCUCAGCAUCAAGACGUGAGGACCAAUCUUCUUCGCCGAAUCUUGAUCUUGCUUUGGGGGGUGAGACAAAACCACCGGGAAUUAUGCCCUUCAUUGUUGGAAUGGUGGCCAAGAAUACUACUGACAAGAACAAGCUACUGCCAUCGCCACCAGCAGUUGAGAAAGUAUUGGAGGACAAAGAGCAGGAGGACGGUGUGUCUGCUUCCCUUUCUCUUUCUCUUUCAUUUCCGUUCCAGGACAAGGAACAAACUGUAAAACCUCCUGUGAUCCCAAAAACCGAGCAGCUUCUGCCUGAAAGGGCACCGUGUGAAUACCUAGCUGCUCCUUUUUGGACGCUUCGCUGAUAGAUAGGGCUUGCCUGUCGGGGAAGGUAGUCACAGUAGUUGCAUGUAUUAUAUGAAAUUUGCACCCUCUAGUAUAAAAUAAAAUAAAAUAAAAACAUGAAAGAAAAGGAAGAAAAACAUAGCUUGAUCAUGUGUACUACCAUGCUCUUUCUCACUUGCCUCAAGUUUCCAUAUGAUUUUUACUCUCUGUUCAUAUAGCCCAUACAGGAUUUACUAAUAAGUGUUCUUUCCCACACUCUUUGAUUUUGCUUUUGGAGUGCACGGUUAAGAGAUGUUCUGUAUAUAAAUGAGAAUCUAAGUCCUAAUUUGCAUACUGACUUUUUGAUGAUAUAUAGCUUCUAGUUGGUUUACUGCUAUUUGUUUUCAUUUAGCACAGUAUUAUAUGGUGGAACUGUCUGCGUGUUGCCAGGGAAAAUUUGGUGUUAAUCAGAUGAUGUGAUUAUGAUCAUACUUUGGUACAGACAGAGGAUGGGCGAUGUGCUCAAACUGCUUUGCUUGAGCCUGGAGUUACAUGCAUGUAGUAUGUGAAUUAAGAGGUUCAGCUCUGUUCUGGAGUGGCUAGUGGGAAUAGGUCCUGUACGUGAUGUAUUUAUAUGUUCUAGCGCAUGUCAUUCAAUUUCCCAUGCUGGAGCUGUAAAUGUUAACAGGUAUGAUACUGCGUUGCCAGCGGUUCGGUCUGGAGCUCAAGCUAGCUUAAUGGUGAGUUUUCUUUAGCAGAUAUGCCCUAGCUUUGUUACUGUUUU